UCUUAGCGCUCCGUGCGGAAACCGGCGGCGCGCGUGGCAGCAGCGGACUGGAGGACACGCGCGGCAUGUGAAUGAUCCGAACCGACGCGCCGCUCGCAUCGUCACACGAGAGCUCGCAUCCAACGGACGAUCGACGCGUUUUCAACCGAUGCUCGCGCGCCUGACGGUGAAGAGGUCAUGUUGAGUGUGUGUGUUCUGCUGCUGCUGGUGGCUCCGGCGGCCCUCGGCUCCGACUCGGACACACAGAGACCCCGACACGACUCCAACCUGGAGAUCUAUAAGCGUCUGUUCGAGACCAAGAGGAAGGAUCAGCUGAAUGCGCUGAAGAACCUGGUGGAGCUCAGCGACGUCAACCAGCAGUACAAGAUCAUCGACAUCAUGCUGAAGGGCCUCUUCAAGGUCCUGGAGGACUCCAGAGCCGUUCUUAAAGCUGCUAACGUGCAGCCGGACGAUCCGUUCCCACUCGACGACAAAAUCAAAGAAGCGUACUCUCACGUGGUGGAGAACACGGCGUUCUUCGGUGACGUGGCCCUGCGCUUCCCGAGGAUCGUCCAUCACUACUUCGAUCAGAACGUGGACUGGAGUCGCCUGCUGCGCUGGGGUCUGCGCUUCUGUAACCAGACGGGGGUCUUCAGCGGAGGAGCCCAUCAGCACGUGCUCACGCUGAUGUCACAGGAGCUGGGGAUCACGGAGAAAUCUGCAGACUUCGUCAACCCGUACCGCACCGAACGAGACGAUGUGCUGCACACGGCCGAGGCCUUCCAGAAGAUUCUCCGCGAGGAAGAGAAGAGGAGGAGGAAGGAGGAGAAGAGGAAAGAGAUCCGGAAAGGGCCUCGGAUCUCUCGCUCUCGCACCGAGUUAUAGAUCUGACUUCAGAUCAGCCGUUUACACUCAAUCAGGGAGCCUGUGCUGAAUGUGCCACGGGCCUCCACGUUUACAGGCUUCAGAACGAGUCUCACAACACUUGAAUCUGUUUUACUCCGUCUGAUUCGGGAGGAUCUUCACUAGAUCCUCUGCUGGUAAUGUGAGCGUGUGUGUGUGUGUGUUUAGUGCUAGAUUAGAGUGAGGGGGAGGAGUCAGGGUGGUGGGAGGAGCCAUUGUGGGCGGGGGAUUGGGAAGUGGGCAUGGUUAAAGUGGUUUGUGUCCUAGAUGAAGGUAUUUUGAACACUGAUAUUUCAGUAUUUAACAAACACUUGAUACGUUUUGAUAAUAUUAAAUCAAAAAUGGUUACGGCUCCCACAUAUAUGAAAUUCAGUUGUUUAGAUUCAAUGUAAACUGUUUAUUUGGGGGUACUUUAUAGUCUGAUAAUUGUGGGUUAAUUAAUGUACUUCUGCUUUCCUUAAAAACUUGUUCAUUAAACGUGUGUAUCGUGUGUGUGCAGAGCUGCACUGCCAUGAGAGAAACUCUGUAAUGAUGGAUCUGAAUUCAGUGUGAAUGCGGUUCUGAUCCACUUCAGUUUCUCCAGAUGCUGAAGUGAGACGAUCAUCCUUCAUCGAGGCUUUAUCGAUCUGUUCAUGUGACUGUUAUUGAGAUCUGUAGGGCAUCAGUGGGAGAUUACUAUUGACAGAAUUAAUAAAGUCUAUUUAACAAACUGAGAA